UCAGACGGGUGGUUCUGGCUCUGGCUCUCCGCGUGGGGGUAGAGGCCGUCCCACUGGCUCUUGCCCUCGGCUCUUCUUCGACCGACCGCUGUCCCAAUGGGUUCUCCUCUGCUCUUCGCCCUCGGGCUUCUUGCCCAGAGCCUUGGCCUGCCCUGGGCACUCCCUGAGCCAGAGCCCAGCACCCUGUACCCCUGGCGUCGGGGACCAGCCCCAGGCCGUGUGCGGAGAGCCUGGGUCAUCCCACCCAUCAGUGUGUCUGAGAACCACAAACGCCUCCCCUACCCACUGGUGCAGAUCAAGUCUGAUAAGCAACAGCUGGGCAGUGUCAUCUACAGCAUCCAGGGGCCCGGCGUGGAUGAGGAGCCCCAAAAUGUCUUCUCCAUCGACAAGUUCACGGGGAGGGUGUACCUCAAUGCCACGCUGGACCGUGAGAAGACGGACCGCUUCAGGCUAAGGGCCUUUGCCCUGGACUUGGGUGGCUCUACCCUGGAGGAGCCCACGGACCUGGAGAUCGUUGUGGUGGACCAAAAUGACAACCGGCCAGUCUUCCUACAGGACGUGUUCAGGGGCCGCAUCCUGGAGGGUGCCAUCCCAGGCACCUUCGUAACCAGGGCUGAGGCCACGGACGCCGAUGAUCCAGAGACAGACAAUGCUGCUCUCAGGUUCUCUAUCCUGGAGCAGGGCACCCCUGAGUUCUUCAGCAUUGAUGAGCAUACUGGAGAGAUCCGCACAGUGCAAGUGGGGCUGGACCGUGAGGUGGUUGGUGUGUAUAACCUGACCCUGCAGGUGGCAGACAUGUCAGGAGAUGGCCUCACUGCCACAGCCUCAGCUAUCAUCUCCGUAGAUGACAUCAACGACAAUGCCCCUGAGUUCACCAAGGACGAGUUCUUCAUGGAGGCUGCAGAAGCUGUUGCUGGAGUGGAUGUGGGACGGCUCGAGGUGGAGGACAGAGACCUGCCUGGGUCCCCUAACUGGGUGGCCAGGUUCACCAUCCUGGAGGGUGAUCCUGAUGGGCAGUUCAAGAUCUACACAGACCCCAGGACCAAUGAAGGUGUGCUGUCUGUGGUCAAGCCCCUGGACUAUGAAAGCCGUGAGCAAUAUGAGCUCAGAGUGUCUGUGCAGAAUGAGGCCCCACUGCAGGCAGCUGCCCCUCGGGCCCGGCGGGGCCAGACCAGGGUCAGUGUGUGGGUUCAGGACAUCAAUGAGGCUCCAGUGUUCCCAGAGAACCCACUGAGGACGGGCAUAGCCGAAGGAGCACCUCCAGGCACCUCCGUGGCAACCUUCUCUGCCAGAGACCCUGAUGCACAGCAGCUGCAGAGAAUCAGCUAUUCCAAGGACUAUGACCCAGAAGACUGGCUGCAAGUGGAUGGGGCCACGGGUAGGAUUCAGACCCAGCGAGUGCUGAGCCCUGCUUCACCCUUUCUGAAGGACGGCUGGUACAGGGCCAUCAUCCUGGCCCUGGACAAUGCCAUACCACCCAGCACAGCCACGGGCACCCUGUCCAUUGAGAUCUUAGAAGUCAACGACCAUGCCCCUGCACUGGCCCCUCCGCCAUCCGGCAGUCUGUGCAGUGAACCAGACCAGGGCCCUGGCCUCCUCCUGGGUGCCACGGAUGAAGACCUGCCUCCGCAUGGGGCCCCCUUCCAUUUCCAGCUGAACCCUAGGGUCCCAGAUCUUGGCCGGAACUGGAGCAUCAGCCAGAUUAACGUGAGCCAUGCGCGCUUGAGGCUCCGACAUCAGGUCUCUGAGGGCCUGCACCACCUGAGCUUGCUGCUCCAGGACUCCGGGGAGCCACCCCAGCAGCGAGAGCAAACGCUGAACGUUACCGUGUGUCGCUGUGGGACUGAUGGCACUUGCCUGCCUGGGGCCGCUGCACUGCUAGCAGGAGGUGUGGGCGUCAGCCUGGGUGCAUUGGUCAUUGUGCUGGCCAGCACUGUGGUCCUGCUCGUUCUCAUCUUACUUGCUGCGCUCCGCACGCGGUUCCGGGGACAGUCACCUGACAAGAGUCUGUUGCAUGGGCUACAAGAGGACCUUCGGGACAACAUCCUUAACUACGACGAGCAAGGAGGAGGGGAGGAGGACCAGGACGCUUAUGACAUAAACCAGCUGCGCCACCCAGUGGAACCAAGGGCCACCAGUCGCUCUCUGGGCAGGCCACCCCUGCGCCGAGAUGCCCCCUUCAGCUACAUGCCACAGCCACAUCGAGCACUCCCGACCAGCCCAUCUGACAUUGCCAACUUCAUCAGUGAUGGCUUGGAGGCUGCGGACAGUGACCCCAGCGUGCCUCCCUAUGACACAGCCCUCAUCUAUGACUACGAGGGAGAUGGCUCUGUGGCAGGGACACUGAGUUCCAUCCUGACCAGCCUGGGAGAUGAGGACCAGGACUAUGACUACCUCCGUGACUGGGGCCCCCGCUUUGCCCGGCUGGCAGACAUGUAUGGGCAUCAAUGAAGAAGCAGAGUCAAGAGCAGAUGUGUUGUCUGGACAUGGCCACUCUGUCAUAACCACAUGCUGGGGCGACAUCUGUUGGGGUCCUGCCUCAACGGAGUUCACACGUUACAGGGUAGGGGCGUGUGGGUUAGAAAACUAGAUAGGAGGAACAGAGAGAUGAAAAAAUACAGAGACAUAGGGUAGAACCAGGAGGGAAAUCCAGUAAAUAUUGAGUUCAUCUGCAUUUAUUUUCUAUAUGCUUAUAUACACCAAAUCCCAAGUGGGGGAGAAGGCAAAAGAUUGCUUUAACAUGAUACAAAUAAACAGAGCAAUUACUUGCUUCAAUACUUACUUGAAACAUCAAGUAUUCUGUUUUUUAGGCAGGACAUACAGUGACUACACCUUAGACCAAGCAUCCUGUAGGCAGCCGCUCCCUGGGUCAAACCUCCUGUUAUAGCCUUAAAGGAGCAGGAAUAGGCUUAAAUUCUCUGGCCUUUGGUCAGGGUGGAGUGGAUCCAUCUCUAUGGACCACCUUAAUAUCCAAAACAUCAAAUAAGCACACCAUGGUCAGGGUAUCUUGUUUGUAGCCACUUUUAAGUUGGAUUUCUUGUCAAUAACCUUGACCUUCGGUCAAGGUGGAGCAGACCCACCCCUGUGGCCCCCACAUGUUCUUCCGUUUUUAAUUUAUUUAAUAAAGCCUGUGCUUCUGCUACAGGACAGACGACUCUGCCUGGCUUAGGCGUCUUCUUCUGCUUUCCAGACUUACCUGUCAUUGGUACAUACAUCACGUACACCCUGUCUUAGGUUGCCUGGGUGGAGAAAGGUCUUACCAUCAUUGACUACCAUAAUCUGCUAACAAAGGGAGAGUGCCUCUCUGGGUGCUGUGCACCUUUGAGCCAACUUUCUGUCAAGAGAGUUAAUCAUGUGCCAGCAGAUAAUGCUGUAGGAUAUACCUGCUCCAAGGGACACAAUAUCUCCAAAUAAAGGUGUGGAGGAUGACCAACAUGGGAUGGCCUUUUAAAAUUGGUCGAGGAUGUCUUUAACAGUUUCUAGCUGCAUCAAAAUCCAAAUUUGUCUUAUGAAACAUAUCAAAUCUAUGAACUUUUUGGCAUCAUGUCAGAUUUUUCUCAAACUCUAACUUUUUUUUUUUAACCACUAACACCUUCAUAGUGAACUAAAGCA